AUGGCCAGAUUGAUUCAACUCCCCGCAGAGCUGCUGCAGAAGAUUCUCUCGAAUUUCCUAAACAUCAACCACCAUGUCGCUUACUUGGUCCUUCCCCUGUUCGAGCCGAACGCUGCCGACUUGGCGACUUUGAAAGCGGCUUCACAAACGUGUCGGGUCCUUCGCGACGCCGCUGAACCGCUCAUCUGGAGACACCUCUGCCUGACGCAGCCCCGGCGUCAGGGCCACCCGACGACGCGGCAGCUGAUCGGCCUCAUCCGGCUCUGGCACAAUCGACCCGAGCUCGCAGGCCACGUCCACACGCUCUACUUCUCCGGCGAUGACCUGCCCUUCGGCCCUCAAGUGAUCGACGAGGACGACAUCGCGUUUGUGUCGCAGGUUCUGCAGGAAUUCGGCUUCCAACUGUCGCAUCCAUGGUUUCAAGCUCCAGGGGAUGUCUCCGACCUACAGCCGUGGCACACAGCGUUCAACAACCUCAGCUUCAUCACGGCGCUGAUAGUCCUCAUGGCCCGGAAUGUCAGAGCGCUCGACCUCUUCGUCGGCGGUGACUUCUUCAAAUGCAUGCCCAGCCCAGGAGAGACGUCCGCCCGCCUGGAGCUCUUGGACCGUUUCCGGUGCCACUCGACCACCGGCGAGUCCAUGGCCCGCAUGAACCCGCUGCUCCGGCUUGCCCCCAACCUCAAGAAGCUCCAAGUCUGGCGUGCUCGCCUCGGUCAUGACGAAGACUUAGACUGGAGUGGGUUCACGUCGCUGGAGCUCACGGACGCCGACGUGAGUGAAGCGGCGAUCGCCAACGUCGUCAGGUCCUGUCGUGGGUUGCGGGAGUUCACAUUCUCGCCGGACACAGGCCACGCCCCGAACGAAACCAUGGCGGCCCUUUUGAUGCACGCUGGUACCCUUCGAAAGCUCGACAUAAACUUCGGGGCCGAGGGGCAAGAAGAUGGCCUUUGCGUUGGCUCGGUUGCAGCCUUCACCAGCCUCGAGGAACUCGGGAUCUCAGCGGCGGAGAUGGGGUGGGAUGAAGAAUGCACCCUGCACAUGUUACCAACAAGUCUGAGGUCCCUCGAAAUUCACGGCUACCCUAGAGAUGACGAAUGCCGCCAAGAGAUUGAGUGGCUGGCGGGCGCAGUUGAAGCGGGGACCUAUCCCAACCUCAAAGAGGUCUGGUUAUCGGGCUGGGAGUGCGAUACCGAUCAUCCGGGGCCGUGUUGGGGCACUUAUGUCGACGAGAAUAAUCCGUUUAGAGAGGGCGUCGACCAGCACGGUUCCGACUGGGAGUACGAUAGUGACGAAGAGGAGGACGGAUGCGAUGGCGGGAGGACGGUUACUGAGCUUCGAGCGAUUCUCCUGGAGGCUGGUGUUUCCUGCAAAAUAGUGUAG